AUGGAGCACACAUUUGUAUCUUCAACAGGGAGCAUUGACCCUGUGGUUUCUCUGAAAAACGGGAGAAUCCAAGGGGAGUAUGUUACGGUGAAAGGCACAGAAAGGAGGGUGAAGCAAUUCCUGGGAAUCCCCUUUGCCCGGCCCCCUGUUGGGCCCCUCCGCUUGGCUGCUCCCCAGGAUGCAAAGCCCUGGGAAGGAAAGAGAGACGGCACACAGCAGCCGAAGAUGUGUAUCCAGGAUCCAGAAUUAGUAGUGCAUGUUUCCAGGACCAUGUCACUACAAUACACACCAGCAGAGAUUUCAGAGGAUUGUCUGUAUCUGAACGUGUACACUCCAGCUGAGGCAACACAAUCAGACAAACUACCGGUGAUGGCGUGGAUCCAUGGAGGAGGCUCAAUGGGUGCAGCUUCCCAGUAUGACAGUGCUCCAUUAGCUGCUUAUGAAAACAUAGUGACGGUUGUUAUUCAGUGUCGCCUUGGCUUUCUGGGAUUUUUCAGCACUGGAGACCACCACGCUCAGGGCAAUUGGGGAUUCUUGGACCAGCUAUCGGCCCUGAGAUGGGUGCAAGAAAACAUUCAGGUCUUUGGUGGCAAUCCAACUGUCACAGUCGCUGGAGAAUCUGCACUAGGCAUCAGCGCAUCGAUACUGACUCUGUCUCCACAAGCAAAAGGACUGUUUCAGAGAGCAAUUUUUCAAAGUGGAGUAGCAACAGUUGGGACCUACACUACAAGAAACCCUUCUGGUGAUGCCAAGAUUGUUGCCAACCUUACUGGAUGUGACCGCCACAGCACAGAGGAAAUGGUCCAAUGUACAAGGGAGAAAAGUACAGAUGAACUACUCAAAGCAACUAAAAAGUUAAAUGUUGUGUUUAGAUGAAGGUUCCUGGGAGCGGUGGUGGAUGGCGUGUUUCUGACUGACACAGCAGAAGAUCUCCUCAAGAGGAAAGAAGUGAUGAAGAUUCCAGUGAUGAUGGGAAUAACGAACCAUGAGUUUGGAUGGAUCCUGCCUCAGAUCUUCGCCCCCCCAGGCUGGGAAAGUGGCAUGAACAGAGAGUCCGUCCUGUCAGUGGCCAACAUCUUCAACCCUGCAGGGGCCUCUGUUGCCAACAGCCUCAUCGCUGACGAAUACUUGAAGGACGCUAGAACAACAGAGGAGAUCAGAGACGCCUUCACUGAGAUGAUUGGCGACAUGCUGAUGGCGCUGCCUAUGGUCACGGUGGCAGGAUACCUCUCAGAUGUGGGUGUUCCAGUUUACAUGUAUGAGUUUGCAUACCGUGCUGGGAUACACAAAAACAACCGUCCUUCCUUUGUGAAGGCAGAUCAUGCAGAUGAUGUCGGCUUUGUGUUUGGUGGAUGUUUCUGGAAUGGACAUUUAAAAAUCAUAGGAAACCUUACCAAGGGGGAUGAGAAGCUUUGUAGAACCAUGAUGGCAUGUUGGAGCAAUUUUGCUCAAACCAGCUCUCCAAACGGCCCCAGGCUCUUCUCCUGGCCUCAGAAUGACCGGCACAAGCAGGAGUACAUGGAGCUGGGGCUGAUGCAGACGCUCAAACAGAACCUGAAGAAGGAAAGAGUCCACUUUGCCACUGUCGUUCUGCCUCAGCAGCUGGAGCAGUCCGCUGCAGCAGCCAACACUGGGAACUGA